AUGCCUUCGACUGGAGAGCAAGCAAAGCUGGCCAUUCCUCCUGGUGACCUGGCCGUUAUAGUCAAGCUCAUCAAUGCCGUCAAUUUUGGUCCAUCUAUCAUUUCCCGCUUCAUGGCACCUCCACUACCAGGCCUAGACACGUUUCCAUCAAAUCCAUCCCACAGCUUUCUUCUAGAACAUCCGUCAGGUCGGAAGCUAGUAUGGGAUUUGGGCAUCCGGAAAGACUACACUAAUUACUCGCCGAGCAUUGCUGCAUACAUUCCAACAACGAAGUACACCAUACAUGUGACGAAGAAUGUUAGCGAUAUCCUGGUAGAGAACGGCGUAGCGUUGGAAGGUAUCGAGGCAGUGAUUUGGAGCCACUGGCAUUGGGAUCAUAUUGGCGAUCCAUCUACUUUCCCUCCCACUACGGAUCUGAUAGUGGGGCCAGGAUUCAAAGACGCCAUGAUGCCUGGUGCUCCAGCAAAUCCAAACAGUCCGCUCCUGGAGAGCGAUUACUCUGGCCGCACAUUGCGAGAGAUUGUGUUCGAAAAGGGGGCCAGUACACGGAUUGGACAGUUUCCGGCCUUCGACUAUUUUGGUGACGGCUCGUUCUUUCUUCUAGACAGUCCAGGCCAUGCCGUUGGACACUUGUGCGGUCUAGCCAGAACAACAACCACUCCGGAAUCCUUCGUCCUGCUCGGCGGCGACAUCUGUCACUAUGCGGGAGUGCUGCGGCCCUCGAAGCUGAUGUCUCUGCCAGCAGACAUCCGACCAAAUCCGCUACAUCCAGAAAGCGAGCUUCCUCUAUGCCCUGGCCAUUCUUUCGAACAAUUGCAAAAAUCUAGAGCUCGCACACCCAAUGACUCUCUGUACGAUCCGAUUUUCGGCCAUGAUAUCCCACUUGCAAUCAAGACAGUUCAGAAGCUUCAAGAGCUCGACUGUGAUGAGCGUAUCUUCGUCAUCAUCGCCCACGAUCCCAAUGUGAGAGAUCUUGUCGACCACUUCCCGAGGGAUCUCAACGCUUGGAAGGAAAAAGAUUGGGGUGCCAAGGCGAGAUGGGCUUUCCUUCGCGAUCUCAGAAGGUACUGGGAAGAGCAAGGGAUAAGUUGAGGGCUGACAGAAAUCUUAUUCCUUUGCCAUGCAUCUCUGGGGGCAUCGGAAGUGUAAACCUGAACGGGUUUGGAAUCAGUACCUGCAUCGGGCACUGAUCAAUCACGAUCAUCUUGAGCAGCGAAAAAACCUUUUGCUUCCAGAAAGCGUUUUCUUGCCAAAGAACUUUCGCCAUGAAUUUGGCAAGCAUCGGACGAAGAGAUUGCUUUUUCUGCUCGGAGAUGGUUUCUACUUAUACUUUUGGAGAGCCUCGCCAUCGAG